CUGACAGGGGAGCAUGGGGUGUGUGCUUAUAUAAACACGGACACUCGAUUUAGCUAAUAGCUAGCUGGAGCUCGAUCCUGAAGAGCAGUAUCAGUGCUCAGCUCACUGUUCAUCAUCACCCUCACCUCUUCUCUCUCCCUCCCUUACCUUCCUCCAUAGACGACUGCAGCUAGCUCGAUCGGAGAUCGAGGCCAUGUCCAUGGCGGCGGAGAGGGUGGAGGCUGCCGGCGGCGGCGACGACGACUACACGCAGGACGGCACGGUGGACCUCCAUGGCAACCCGGUGCUCCGGUCCAAGCGCGGUGGCUGGAAGGCAUGCGGCUUCGUCGUCGUGUACGAGGUGUUCGAGAGAAUGGCGUACUACGGGAUAUCGUCGAACCUGGUGCUGUACCUGACGACGAAGCUGCACCAGGGGACUGUGUCGUCGGCGAACAACGUCACCAACUGGGUUGGCACCAUCUGGAUGACCCCGAUCCUCGGCGCCUACAUCGCCGACGCGCACCUUGGCCGCUACCGCACCUUCAUGAUCGCCUCCCUCAUCUACCUCAUCGGGAUGAGCCUGCUGACGCUGGCGGUGUCGGUGCCGUCGCUGAAGCCGCCCAAGUGCGGCGCCGGCACGGCGGACCCGGGCUGCUCGGAGAAGGCGUCGAGCCUCCAGCUGGGCGUCUUCUUCCUCGCGCUCUACAUCCUCGCCGUCGGCACCGGCGGCACCAAGCCCAACAUCUCCACCAUCGGCGCCGACCAGUUCGACGACCACCACCCGCGGGAGCGCCGCCAUAAGCUCUCCUUCUUCAACUGGUGGAUGUUCAGCAUCUUCUUCGGCACCCUCUUCGCCAACACCGUCCUCGUCUACCUCCAGGACAACGUCGGCUGGACCGUCGGCUACGCGCUCCCCACCCUCGGCCUCGCCGUCUCCAUCGCCAUCUUCACCGCCGGCACGCCGUUCUACCGCCACAAGCCCACCUCCGGCAGCAGCUUCGCCAGGAUGGCCAGGGUCAUCGUCGCCGCCAUCCGCAAGCUCGCCGUCGCGCUGCCCGACGACGCGAGGGAGCUCCACGAGCUUGAUGAUGAGUACUACGCCAAGAAGAAGACCACGCCGCUGCCGUACACGCCGUACCUGAAGAUCCUGAGCAAGGCGGCGGUGAAGACGAGCACGACGUCGAGGUGGUCGCUGAGCACGGUGACGCAGGUGGAGGAGACGAAGCAGAUACUCAAGAUGCUGCCCGUGCUGGCGGUCACGUUCGUGCCGGCGGCGAUGAUGGCGCAGGUGAACACGCUGUUCGUGAAGCAGGGCACGACGCUGGACCGCCGCGUCGGCGGCGGGGGCUUCGAGAUCCCGCCGGCUAGCCUGCAGGCGUUCGUGACCAUCUCGAUGUUGGUGUCCGUCGUGCUGUACGACCGCGUGUUCAUGCCGCUCAUGGCGCGGGCGACCGGGAACCCGCGGGGCAUCACGCUGCUGCAGCGGAUGGGCGUGGGGCUCGUCAUCCACAUCGCCAUCAUGGGGAUCGCCUCCGUGACGGAGCGGCACAGGCUCGCCGUGGCGCGGGAGCACGGCAUCGCGGACAGCAAGGGCACCACCAUCCCGCUCACCAUCUUCGUGCUCCUCCCGCAGUUCGUGCUCAUGGGCGUCGCCGACGCGUUCCUGGAGGUGGCCAAGAUCGAGUUCUUCUACGACCAGGCGCCCGAGGGGAUGAAGAGCCUGGGCACGUCGUACGCCAUGACCAGCCUCGGCGUCGGCAACUUCCUCAGCAGCCUGCUGCUGUCGACGGUGGCGCACGUCACGCGCCGCCAUGGCGGCGGCGGCGGGUGGAUCCAGAACAACCUCAACGCGUCGCGGCUCGACCACUACUACGCCUUCUUCGCCGUCCUCAACUGCGUCAACCUCGUCUUCUUCUUCCUCGUCUGCCGCCUCUACGUCUACAACGCCGAGGUGUCCCGCGUCGUCGACGUCGGCGGCAGAGGCGGCGGCGAAGGCGGCGAGGUGCUCAGGCCCAAGGAGGUGGCCAUGGUGGACACAAAUCUAUAGAAAAUGUAUCGAUCGAUGAUCAAAUAUACCAUGAAAUUAAUAUCACCUUCAGAAAUGCUAACAACAGCGGCUUCAGCUUAUUUUCAGAACAGUGAACAUAUGGAUGCACUCUGACCAGAAAAAAAAACGAAAUUUUUGUGCAAUUUCAAGGCGAAUUGUGCAGAUGUCGAACA